UCAGUGAGUGGUGAUGUUUUGCCCCUUGAAACAGACGGAGCCCAACGUGAGGAAUAAGAUCCUUUACCUGAUCCAGGCCUGGGCCCACGCCUUCCGCAACGAGCCCAAAUACAAGGUGGUUCAGGACACGUACCAGAUCAUGAAGGUGGAGGGUCACGUGUUUCCAGAGUUCAAGGAGAGUGACGCCAUGUUUGCUGCAGAGAGAGCUCCAGAUUGGGUGGAUGCGGAGGAGUGUCAUCGCUGCCGGGUUCAGUUUGGAGUGAUGACUAGAAAGGUAAGGUAACAUGGCAGACUGGCA